ACAAGGAGUAAUUCCUCGCAAAUCUCCGGAAAAAUCAAUUAGUGAUGGCUCGUUGUAGUUAUUUAUUCUUGAUUACUCUUAUAUUUACAAGUUUAAAGAUCUCAUCAGCGGACUCAAAGAUCUCGGAUGUUGUUUAUAAUCGUUCAAAGGAGUCCGCAGUAAGAGAUCCCAGCGUGUUUUUAGCGAUCAUAGCUCGUAACGCCGCUCAUCUUCUGCCCAAUUGGCUCGCAUACAUCGAGAAUUUGGAUUACCCGAAGAAUCGAAUGUCUGUUUGGAUCAGAUCAGACCACAAUGAAGAUAAGACAUCAAAGAUACUACAAGAGUGGUCUCAAAAUGUGAAACAUUUAUACCACAGAGUUUUGGUAAAUGUGUCUGAUACACCUCAUAAGUAUGAUGAUGCAGUGGGCCCAGCAGAGUGGCCAGACAGCAGAUAUCAACAGAUGAUGUAUCUCAGACAGAAGGCUUUGGAUAGCGCAAGAAAACAGUGGGCUGACUACCUAUUUUUUGUAGAUUGUGACAACUUCUUAAUGAAUCCUAAAACAUUGAGACUUCUCAUGGAAGAAAAAAGGACUGUUAUUACUCCAAUGAUUGAAGUUUUUGGAGGAAAGGCUGCAUAUUCUAACUUCUGGGGUGGAAUGGAUGAAGAUGGAUACUAUGCUAGGUCUGACAACUACUUCCCAAUGCUUCAACGAGAAGAAAAGGGUUGCUUUGAAGUGCCAAUGAUUCACUCCACCAUGCUGAUAGAUUUAAGGAAGACUAUAAGUGAUCAGUUGAGGUAUAACCCCCCUUUACCAAGUUACCAUGGGGAAGAAGAUGAUAUUCUUGUGUUUGCACAUUCAGCAAGGGAAGCAGGAAUAAAGUUGAACCUCUUAAAUAAAGAGGUGUAUGGCUACAUGUUAAGCCCUUCAAACGGCAAUAGCACUUUGGAAGACAUGAAGGUUCAUUUUACUCAUGUGAAGCUUGAGUGGUUUGUUGAUCAUCCAGAGGAAUUGAUGCCUGUUAGUUCACACAUUACUGUUGAAUACACCCCUCCUGGAAAGCUGGGUUUUGAUGAGAUCUAUCUCAUCAAUCUUAAAAGGAGGCCUGUACGUCGAAAAAGGAUGCUUGCAUCUCUCAAAGAGCUGGGAAUUAAAGUGAAGAUGUUUGAUGCAGUUGAUGGCAAGUCAUUAACUGACCAGCAGGUUAAAGACAUGGGGAUUAAGAUGUUACCAGGUUACAAAGAUCCAUAUGGAAAAAGGCCGCUUACCAUGGGAGAAAUCGGAUGCUUCUUGAGUCAUUACCUUAUUUGGGAGGAGAUGAUCAAUAAUGGCUUGGAUAAAGUUUUGGUGUUAGAAGAUGAUGUUCGGUUUGAACCCGAUUUUCGAAAUCAGCUACAACAUCUACUUCAAGAGGCAAACGCCCUUUCAAGCGAGUAUCCUUGGGAACUAAUUUAUAUAGGGCGCAAGCGAUUCCACAGUAAUCCUGUUACAAUGGUUCCAGGGGCCUCGGCACUAGCUUGGGCUGAAUAUACCUAUUGGACGCUGGGGUAUGCCAUCUCCUUACGAGGCGCCCGAAAACUUGUGUCUGCGAAACCGCUGGAGAAAAUGAUCGCCGUGGACGAGUUUUUACCCAUUAUGUUUAACAAACAUUUAAAUCCGGAGUGGGCCAAUCACUUUUAUCCCCGUAACCUUGUUGCCAUGACAGCAGAGCCCUUACUUCUGUACCCAACUCAUUACGUAGGAGAUGAAGGAUACUUCAGUGAUACGGAAACCACAGGCUUGAUUCCACCGGAACUUCAACAAACCGACACGCUUAAAGGAAAAGUCGAACUUUGAUAUUAACUGUAAAUAAACAUAGUUGAGUAAAAUUCCUCCCAAGAAAUGAAGAAAAAAAAAGAAGAGUAAUACUUUGACUGUUAACUUGAAGUAUAGUUUUCAAGCAAGGGUUAUAUGUUUACCUAUAAGUUACGUUCAAAGAGCAAUGCAAGGUUUUGAUGGUGUUCUGUCGCCUUAAGGACGAAGCUAGUUCAUUGCCGGUGUUAUGUUAUGUUGUAAUUUUCAACUCAGCGUAGCAUACUAGAAACGAUCGUCGCUUUCGGGUAUGGUUUUGCGUUAAAUAGUUGAUUUGGUGCCAGUAACGCGAUUCCAGAAUCACUUUUCACACUUUGUUAUGAAGUUCAAGAGGAAGGUCAAUGCUUACAGAUUGUAUCAAGAUUAUUGAAAGAAAUUCGUGAUUCUAUAGCUAUUUUCAUGCCCCAAAUCGAGCUCUUAUCAUAGUCUGCAGUGUUUUCCGCACAGAAAAAA